AUGGCUUAUGCUGCUGCGAUUUCACUCAAGAAUACAUUGCAUCACCUCUUAUUCUCCAAUCGUAUUUCACUUGAAGAUGAUGUUUGUUCAAGGAGUAUCAUACUAGAUCUCCACAGUCAGCUUUUUUCCAUGGGAGAUGUACUCAGAGAAUUGGACAACUUCAGCUUCAACACCAGGUGCAACUUCAACAGAAAACGAAUCAAUCUUUUGGAUGAACAAAUCAGAAUAUUAUUACAGGAAUUUGAGGAUGUAAUAGAAUCCCAUAUUUCACCUCAGUUUCUGUCUCAAUAUUCUCAACAACUAUGUCCAUUGUUGUUCUCUCUCCACCUGGAUGAUGAACUGAAACAAGAUGCUGAUUCCUUUAUCGAAAAGAUGGUUGGAUUAUCUGAUCAAUUAAUCGAAAUCAAACGUCUGCUUGCGUUGCCUUAUCGGAAUCAAAUCACGCUCUAUGGAAUGGCGGGCAUUGGUAAGACUACUAUUGCCAGGAAAUUCUUUCAAGAUCCACUAACUUUGAGCACUUGCACCAAACGGGCUUUCGUGACCGAAUACACGGAAAGUAAAUUAGUGGUGACAACUAGGCUAAAAAACAUGGCAGAUGGUGAUUUUAGGUAUCAAAUUUCGAAUGACAAAUGCUUGAUACGAUUCCUGAAUAAGAAAGAAAGUUGGGAACUACUUCGUCACAAGGUGUUCGAUGAAAUGCCUUGCCCUAAUGAGCUGGAGAAAGCCGGAAAGAAGAUCGCUGAGAAUUGUGAAGGUCUUCCUCUUACGAUCGUUAAGGUUGCCCAAAUCCUAUCCGAAUCUGACAAGACCGCAGAGUACUGGAACGAGGUAGGUGCCGACAAAAGACAUUCGGUUUACGUGGAUGCGUAUGAUCGAAUGUACAAGGUGCUCUAUCCAAGCUACGACUACUUAUCUCAAGAAUUGAAACCAAUCUUUCUCUACAUGGGAGUUUUCCCUCAAAACUACGAGAUUCCCCGCUCCAAGCUCGCCAAAAUUUGGGAUGUGGAAGGAUUUUGUGUUGGACAUCAAUCUCCGGCGAAAUUGGAUGAGCUCGAUUCGAGUAGUCUUAUCAUGCUCCACGAGAUUGGCUUCCGUAAAAGAAUAAAGACUUGCAGCCUUUAUUCACCCUUUUGGCAUUUGUGCAACAAAGAAGCUACGAAAAGCAAGUUUUUCCAUGCCUUGAAUAGUCUCGCCGAUGGUUUAGCAGAAGAACGUCUAGAAAGCCACCGUCGAUUGUGCAUUCGCAAUAACAGUUUAUUUGCCAUUAAAGAUGUUUAUGAUAAGAUGUCUUCUGUUUCAACGGUACGUUCUCUCCUAUGUACCGGUCCAUAUCAUGAAUAUCCAGUACCGGUAUGUUUUGGUUUCAGGUUGCUUAGGAUACUCGAUGCUCUAACCGCUCGGUUCUAUGAGUUCCCAUUGGAAGUAGUUAAUCUAAUUCAGCUUUUGUACCUUGCCCUUACAUUCGAAGGAAAGAUCCCUUCUUCCAUAUCCAGACUUUGGAACCUUCGUUACUUAAUUGUUCGUCGACAUUUGAGCAUCGUUAAAUCUAAAGGGAAUUCUUUGUAUAUGCCUACGGAGAUAUGGGAUAUGAAAGAAUUGAUUCAUCUUCAAGUCACAGGGAGCAAUCUACCGCACCCUCGUCAAGAAUCUUUCUUGGGAAACCUCUACACAGUUUUAGACGUGGGCUCUCAGAGUUGUACCAGAGAUGUCUUUGAAAGAAUACCUGGUUUAAUGAAGCUAGGUAUCCGAAUCGAAGUGGGGCCCGCUGAUGAUGUGGACGAACCGUUUAGAUGCUUCGAUCAUAUUUCCCAUCUCCAUAAUCUACAGACACUUAAAUGUGUCAUUGUGAAUCCUAGAAUCAUAUCCAAGGUUGUCGCUCCUCUUUCGAUCUUUCCAUCAAGCCUUAAAAAGUUGACUUUGACCGGCGGAUUUGGAUACCCUUGGGAAGAGAUGAGCAAGAUUUCUUUUUUGCAGAACCUUACGGAGCUAAAAUUGAGAUGCUACGCUUUUCGAGGACCGAAAUGGAAAGUUCGUCAGCAUGAAUUCCAAAAGCUUCGAUUUCUUUUGAUCGAGGACACUGAUCUGGUGCAGUGGACGUUUGAAGAUCAUCGUUGCUUCGAAAGUCUGGAGAUUCUUAGCGUAAAACAUUGCUACAAAUUAGAAAGAAUCCCUAUGAAAUUUGAUGAACGUCUAUUGAAGAUUGAACUAGUUGACUGCAACCCUCUGGCUUUGACCAAGUUAAAGGAGGACCGGGAAAAAGAUAAAUUUUGUCUUUCGGGUGCAAAUCUAAAUAUCCAUUCUUCAUUGGAUGAAUGA